AUGCCUAGACGCAAAUCUGCACGCCUUGUCAUGCGUAAAGCUGCAGUAGAUACAGCAAACCUCGGUGUUCGAAGUACCCGGUCGUCUCUGCGGAAGAAAGCCGAUAGCACCCUGAAGCCAAGCGCAAGAGGGAAGAAGACUCGUGCUCGCCCCAAAAGCCCAAUCUCAAGCGAGCCAGAUAUCAGCGAUACUAAGGCCAACCAGAAGAAAGGUAGAUCUAGCAGGAGCAAGCCGAAAAGCAAGAAGUCGUCAUCCAGGGGUGCCAAAGGCUCAGAAUCGGAACUGGCCGACAAGGACGAGUUGCAAGAUAGUGCUCCAGAAUGGGAGGUGGAGGAAAUCGUCGAUUCCAAGAAGGAGGGCCAUACAACUUUGUAUUUCGUGAAAUGGGCUGGAUAUCCUGAGAAUGAGAACACCUGGGAGCCGGAGACCAACCUGCACAAUUCCCGGCAGGCAAUUCGAUCGUUCGAAGCCAAACGCUGGGCAAACGAAAACUACCCUGUCACGCCACUUGGAAAGCUGGGACUAGAGAAGGGUGCCGGCUCUAGAUAG